AUGAAUUCUCAAGAUAUCAACAGGGGUAACUGGAUGCGUUACAUCCAGCCUGCUAGACAUAUCAGAGAGCAAAAUUUGGAGAUGGUUCAACACGAGCGGAGUAUAUACUACCACGUCAUGCAGGAUCUAGAACCGGGAACGGAGCUGCUAUCCGGUAGUUCGAGUUCAUUGUUGUCAGUCACGCGCUUCGAGUCCCUUUCAAAACAACAAGCCACGCCUAUAGUUAAUCAGAACGGCAGCAUGCAUUCACAGCGAUUUUAUCAACAAAUAUAUUUGCAUGAUCGCUACCAACCUACGGGAAGAAUUAUGGAACCGAAAAGAGAAGGGAUGCAGAGAAGACAAAGCACAGGCACUAACUAUAACAUUGAAACAAUUAGUCUAGAAAGGAGUCAAAGAGCCGCUCGUUUCAGUCAAUCCGAGGCUUGGAAAUGCGGUCAAUGUUUUAGGACGUUUUCUCAGCGUUCUUCGCUGCAAAUGCACGUGUGCGACACUUCAGCUAGUCGUCCAUUCUUGUGCGGCUACUGUUGUUGUUCGUUUGCCGUGCCGGAGGAGUUGAAAAACCACGUUGCUUCACACGCCGCUGAAAAACCGUUCAAAUGUGGAUUCUGCCAUCGUGCGUUUGCCGGUUCGACUACUCUGAGUAAUCACAUGAGAACUCACACAAAUAGUAGGCCAUUCAGAUGUCAUCAGUGUGGGACUGAUUUCACACAGGGCAUUCAGUAUAGUCGACAUAUUCGGGUCGGUGAGUGCUCAGGAGCGAGACAGCAAGAGGAAUCGGUUGAGGGUGGUGUGGAGGAACAGGAGGAGGACCAAGAGACAGCAAUUGUAGCAUCACCUGAUGAAAAACAAGAGAUUAAAUUGUUUGGGCAGGCUUGUGACAGUCUUCUGACUGUUUAUCGACCGUCUGAGGUGCAAUGGAAGAUAUGGCAAGCUCAGAAACCAGCUACAUAUUUGGACGUCCAUCAUGGUGGAAGCAAUGGGAAUGGAAGUUCGAGUGAUGAAAUGGAAGAAAUGUUUAGUCCAUCAACAAUCAUGCAUGUCUUGUUUGGAAAACUGGAAAUUGUUCCUAUUGAUCCACAACAAAUCGAUCUGACUAGAGGUCCGAUGGCUACCUACUUUCCCAAGGAAGUUGGCCUGUGUGAGUCGAGUAUACCGGGGUCAUCAUACGGAGUUUUUACGUUACAAGUGAUACCAGAGGGCACAUGGAUGGGACCAUUUCAAGGAGCUUCGGUUCCGAUCUGGCAACUCACAUCAGGUAGCAAACUUGAACAGAUGUGGGAGGUAUAUAGAGAUGGCCAGUUGUAUCACUACAUCGAUGCCAGCCAGUCGCCAUCCACCAACUGGAUGAAAUUCAUUCAAUCGGCCAGGCAUAGUGGCGAACAGAACAUGGUCGUCUUUCAGUUUCAGACCAGUCUGUUCUAUAAAACUACGAGAGACAUAGAACCAGGAGAAGAACUACUGGUUUGGUAUGGAGAAGAAGAGUAUAUUCAGUGUAUGGGCAUUCCUAUAGGUAUAUCUGAUGAAGUCCCAACUCCUAAAGUGCCACCAACAGUACCAGGUGCUCACACCACUGGAGAUGCAUCUGGAACCGAACAAUCUCUUGCAACGACUCCCAAUGGUGCUGUCACAAUUGAAGGAGUCCAUCUUGCAUCGGAGGUCACCUCCACGUCGGGAGCCAACAGACAAGGUGGGGAGAGCAACCAUCCCGACUGGAACCUCUGGAAGUGUGGCCAAUGUUUCAAAUCAUUCACUCAACGGAUCAUGCUGCAAAUGCACGUUUGUGAGGGAAAAGCACAGCUACCAUUCCACUGUGGUCAUUGCAAUAAAGUCUACUCGACCAGCAACGAACUCAGAAGUCACAUCGUUUGCUGGAGCUACAACGCUGGCAAAUCAUAUGAGAACGCACACGGGAGAGAAACCGUUUCGAUGUCCGCAAUGCAACAAGGGGUUCACACAGGGGACUCAGCUGGCCCGCCAUUUGCGAAUGCCUGGGGAGUGUACUGGACAGGCAGCAGGCAGUAUGCCUGCUACAUGUGUUUCACUGUAGAUCUGGACUGCUCGCGCGGCAUGGGCUUGAUCGAGAGCUGUCUCGAUUGUUUUCGCGGCGAGCGCGCGCAGCGACAGGAUCGCGUUAGGCGUUAUAUCGGCGACCGUGUUCCGAUUGUGAGAUGGCUGCCCAAGUACUCAAUGAAGACGUUAGUUAGUGACGUCAUCGCAGGUCUGACUGUCGGCAUGAUGGUCGUACCUCAGUCUCUAGCAUACGCUAAUAUUGCUCAAGUUCCUCCGCAGUGGGGGCUUUACACGUCGUUUAUGGGAUGUUUUGUGUAUGUGGUGCUGGGAACGUCGAAGGACAUCACGUUGGGACCGACUGCAAUUAUGUCUCAGAUUAUUGCAUCAUCCGUGCCUGACGAAUCACAUCAAAAGUUGAUCCCGUUGAUAACUCUGUUGUGUGGAGUAACGCAGUUUUUGGUGGGAUUUUUGGAAUUAGGUGCUCUUGUAAACUUCAUUUCACUGCCCGUUAUCAGUGGAUUCACGUCAGCAGCGGCUAUUUCUAUUGCAGCCGGACAAUUGAAGCAUCUACUGGGUAUUUCAUCACCGUAUUCACACAAUAUAUCACGAGACUUCCUUCCAUGCAUGGAAGAUACAUUCAGAUACAUUCGUCACUCAAAUGUUUGGGACAUUUUUCUUGGAUUCGGUUGUGUUGUCCUCGUUUUAGUACUUAGGUAUAUGAAAUCUAGAGUCGAGUUGUGGGAUUAUGGUAGCAGUGAUGGACAAUUUUCGCCUGCACUGCAGCAGACUGUUGCUCGGAAGUUUCUCUGGUUUAUCACGACAGGACGAAAUGCAGUUGUUGUAGUCGUUGGGGCAUUGAUUGGAGCCGUUCUAGUCAGUCAGAAUCUCGGUGACAAACUAAAAUUGGUAGGAAAAAUCGAGUCGGGACUUCCUCCAAUAAUCAACCCAUUGGCUAUUGGCAACACGUCGUUCAUAGAUGCAAUGAAAUAUUUGGAGACGUCGCUAGUCGUUGUACCAAUGAUUGGAUUUCUGGAGGCUAUUUCGAUAGCUCAGGCAUUUGCACGAAAGAACAAUUAUUGUAUUAAUGCAAGUCAAGAACUCAUAGCCAUUGGGACAUCAAAUAUCUUGAGCAGUUUUGUGAAUGCAUAUCCGUCUACAGGAAGUUUUUCAAGAACUGCUGUCAAUUCUCAAAGUGGAGUCAAAACGCCUGCAGGUGGCAUUUUAACUGGUGCAGUAGUGCUGUUUUCUCUCGCUUUUCUCACAUCUCUUUUCUACUACAUUCCGGAAGCAGCACUGUCCGCAAUUAUCAUCACUGCUGUGCUCUACAUGGUGAAUGUUCAAAUAUUGCUGCGAAUGUGGAAGUUGUCUCCUUGGGAAUUAAUUCCCUGGUUUGUAAGCUUUGCUGGAACACUCUUUCUUGGAAUUAAGUAUGGUGUUUUGAUUGCGGUUGGGAUUCAUCUUAUAUUUCCUCUUUAUCGGCUCGCCAAUCCUCGAUAUUCUUAUAAACGGCAUGGUGAUGCCGUAGUACUGAAACUCACUAGUGGAAUCACUUACCCUUCUAUUGACAAACUACGACUUAUACUCGAGAAUAUUCAAGACAUUUCCAAGAGGGAAGGGUGUGAAGUCUCCGUUUUUAUUCUGGACUGCGGACAUGUGUCCGAAUGCGACUUCACUGCAAUUCAGGGAUUCUCUGAUCUGUUUGCUAAGUUCAGAAAUAAUCAUAUUCAAUUUAUCUUGGCCAACAUGCAGGAGCAUGUCAGUUCUGCACUGUUGAAGGCAGAGAUACCAGGCAUUUAUGUCGCACCAACAGUCGAUGUCGCUCUGUCUACAGCCGGUGAUGGAGUUUACCUAGCUUCGGUCAAUAUUGCGUCAGAUGACUCGGACAGCGAAUUGCUAAUCAACAGGAGACGAAGGUCUAGUUCCGACACUUAAUUUAAUGAGAGCCACAGGCAGGCAAUUUAAAGUUUUUACAUUUGCCAUAGUUGUCUAUUUGUUUUCAAUAAUAGUAAUUACAGCAGUGGAUGCAGCUGGUUUUGCAUUGUGUAGUGCUGCAGUUGUGAUUUUCAAUAGUACAGAGUCACGUGCACGGUCACGUGUUAUCAUA